UCACGGAGUGGCGGCUGGAAGUAUUGCUGAGUUUCCUGCAUUGUAGAGUCAGCGCCCCGGUUUUCGGUUCGGGCUUUGUUAUUUCACAAUCAGACGUGUGUAAAACUGGAUUAAGUCGUUAGGCGCACAGAAGAAAACUGUCAAAGUGUCGUUUUUUUUCUGGGCUGAAAUUUCCUUCUCAUGAACUUUGGAACAUCGAUAGUUUACUCCUUCGUGACAGCCUUAUAACUCUAAGACAAGUGACCUGCGACGGAGUUUGAUUUAUGUUGAAAACUUGGGUAACAGUACGGCUGGAUAAUAGGAAGUGGUAUUCCAACUUUAAUAAUAGUUGCCUCGGACGUCAAUCGGUUUUGAUUCUAAACUUUGAUCUUUAGGCUCUAGGUUCGAAACUGUUACACUGGGAGCUGGCUCACCAACACUGGUGUCCGGGGGACGAUUUAGCGGAGUGCCAAGCCUCCCAGAGUAACACCAUGAUAUCCGAUGCUCAGAAUCACAACCAGAAUCCUCCAUCUCAAUUUCCACAGCCGAAUGCAGUGGCCCCUAACCUCCAGAUGCCCCAGCCGCCUCCACCGCCUCCUUCUAGUCAGUUCCCCCAGAAACCAGUUGCCCUACAGAUCAAGAAAAAUGCUAUUACAGACGACUACCGUGUCAUGACUGAAGUGUUGGGCCUGGGUAUUAACGGCAAGGUGCUGAAAAUAGUCAACAAGACCACUGGCGAGGUGUUCGCAUUGAAGAUGUUGCAGGACUGUCAGAAAGCACGACGAGAGGUAGAUCUCCACUGGCGAGCGUCGCAGUGCCCUUACAUUGUACGCAUAGUGGACGUGUACGAGAACCUGUACCAGGGAAGAAAAUGUCUUCUUAUAGUCAUGGAAUGCAUGUACGGUGGGGAACUCUUCAGCAGGAUUCAAGACCGAGGAGACCAAGCAUUCACUGAGCGAGAGGCAUCUAAAAUAAUGAAAAAUAUAGGAGAAGCAAUCCAGUAUUUGCAUUCAAUUAACAUAGCACACAGGGAUGUCAAGCCAGAAAACCUGUUGUAUGUAUCGAAGAGGCCCAAUUCUGUUUUAAAACUCACCGACUUCGGCUUUGCCAAAGAAACUACAGUUUAUAAUUCUUUAGCCACUCCGUGCUAUACACCUUAUUAUGUAGCUCCAGAAGUGCUUGGUCCAGAACGCUAUGACAAGUCAUGCGACAUGUGGUCAUUGGGCGUUAUCAUGUACAUUUUAUUGUGUGGGUAUCCUCCAUUCUAUUCUAAUCAUGGUUUGGCAAUUUCACCUGGAAUGAAGAAGCGAAUUAGGAAUGGCCAGUAUGAGUUUCCUAAUCCUGAGUGGUCAGAAGUAUCGGAAGAAGCAAAAUUACUAAUUCAACGUCUUCUGAAGACUGAACCAACACAGAGGAUGACUAUAACAGAGUUCAUAAAUCACCCAUGGAUCAAUCAUUGUAAGCUGGUACCUCAAACCCCUCUACACACCAGCCGUGUACUUCAAGAGGACAAAGACUUGUGGGAAGAAGUGAAGGAGGAGAUGACAAGUGCUUUAGCCACAAUGCGGGUAGACUAUGAACAAAUCAAAAUCAAGAAGAUCGAAGAUUCCUCUAAUCCUCUGCUGAUGAAAAGACGGAAAAAGGCUGCCACCAAAGAGGCAAUGACAGAAGAAAGCCAGUGACACUCAAAAGCAAAAAAAAAAAAAAAAGAAGGCCAGGAAAAAAGCAAUAAAAUAUAUAUUUUUGGGAAUUGUAGUAUGAAGAAAACUGCAUGGAAUGAAAACAUUUUUUUAUAAUCAAAUAGAUAUUUUUAGCUCUACUGUUUCUGACUAUCAUGCUGGGUUCACCCAUUCAGUCAAGUGACAGAAUAUGCCUUGUACUUAAGUUGGAGACAGUCUGAGUAAAGCAGACCAAUUGUUUCAGGAAUAUCAGGAUAUAAAAUUAUCUGAUACUGUCAAGGUUUUUGUGUCUGCACGUGCACAGUGCUGUGACCUUUUGUAUGCACGCCAAGGUGUACAGAGGGUUUGACAGUGUAAUCAAAGCACCUGGUUCCCACCUUCAAGAAGUGCAGUGAAUGAAAACUUUGUGCUUUGGAAAGAUGUAUCGGAAGAUGAUUUAACCCCAGGGACAGAUCACAGCACUUGUGCCUUAUGGUUUGGGAUGUGCUGAGCUCAGAUUUUUCCAUUGUUAUUCUUGGAAGCAGCUGAGCUCCCGAGUGUUGUAUGAGCCUUGCAGUACUGAGUGUAGAUACGUAUUAAGCCAAAUACUUAUGACCGGUGGUACGCUGCAUUAAAAAUUAGUGUCUUUUUUAUUGUAGGCUUGUUAAAGCUGUUUAAGUUGUGUUACCCUAAUGUAUUGUGACCUAUGCUCAUGAACACUUCAGACUACAUCUGUGGCAACUACUGAGUGAUAUCCUGUAACACAGCUCACACUGAGCUCUUCAAGUAUGCUUGCAGUAUUUCUCCAAUCAUUCAAAAAAAUGCAUUUAUUUUUUUCUGCACUGAUGCAUUAAUUUUACAAGAACUUGUACCUGUUAACAGGCUAGUGUUUCUGCAGUCUUUUUAGCUUGUUUUUAUGUUUUCCCCUGUAGUGGAGUAUCGGACUUUCAUUGUUGAUUGAUCUGAUGUUUACCACUACUUUUUAAUGUCUCUAGACUUUUAGUUGUAAUGUUUUAGAAUAUGAAACAAGAGAUGCACCAGUGCCUGACAUGGUCUGUCUGUAUUCUUUGUUACUGUACUAACUGCUUUGACCUAUAUUUUUUCAACUGGAUUAAAAAAUCAUAAAGGA